CAUCAAGAUCUUAGUAAAGUAACUGGUGUAGGCAGGUCCUUUUCUCUGAGUUGGAGGAACCAAGCUGAUGGCACACAAGAGCAUAUGCGAUUUAGAAGUGCAACUACUUCUGGUGCCCCUGGAGUUGAAAAGGCCAGAAAUAUUGUUCGUCAGAAAGCAACAGAAGAUGAAGAGUUUCAACAACCUGAAACUACACCAGAUUCAGAAGAAUUGAUGUGUAGUUCAACAUUAGAUCAAGAACAAAAGCUCACCCAUAGCAGCAGUACUUCUGACAUUGCUGAACGGCUCCAUUCAGAUCUGAUUCAAGGACAAAGGAGGGAACACUCAGCUAGCUUCAGUAAUUCUGAUCCAAAGAGUGCUACUGUUGAAAACAGAAAAUGUGAAGGCAAAGAAACUGAGGCUCCAGUUAUCUUGAUACGUAGGAGCAGUAGCCCUGAUGACCCAGAAAGUAAGGCAGAAACACUUCAGUCAUCUCAAGUAAGAAGCAGAUUGAGAAAUAAAAGUGAGAGUAUCAGCAGUGAAGUGUCCAAUGAUUUUAAUGGUUUCAACGAAACAGAGUUAUCAUUAGCUCAGUGGAAAAUAUUUGACGAAGAUUCAGAAGUUGGUGCAGUAACUACUGAUGCUACUGAUGCAAAUACAGUAUACACCUGGCAUAGCUACUACAAAGCUACUACUCUUGCAGGUUCUGAUACUGCCUUUCCGACCCUCUCAACAGCCAGUGCACCUUCCCACCUCUCUACCCUUUCAUCAACUUCCUCCAUGCAACCUGAAUCCAAGGACUCCACCCCGCUUCUGGAUGAAAAAUUACAUCAGUCUGUCUUACAAAUUCCUGAGGAUUUGGACAGUAGUGAAUGCCUCACAGAUGAGUGUAGUAUCAUUGCCGGAGGAACCCUUACUGGUUGGCAUGCUGACGCGGCAGCUGUGUUAUGGAGAAGAAUUUUGGGCAUUCUGGGAGAUGUCAACUGCAUACGCUGUCCUAAAAUCCACGCCCUUGUUUUCGAAUAUCUAUACGAACUCUGGCACAAAUUAGCUAAGGUUAGAGACAAUCUGGGUGUCAGUCUGGAUAAUCAAAAUUCGCCACAAUCUCCAAUUCUCAUUCCACCUCUUCGUAUGUUUGUGUCCUGGUUAUUUAAGGCAACGACUCUGCCCAAUGAAUACAAGGAGGGAAAACUGCAAGCAUACAGGCUAAUCUGUGACAUUAUGACCAAACGCCAAGAUGUCUUGCCAAACUCUGAUUUCUUAGUGCACUUUUAUCAUGUGAUACACCGAGGCAUUGUGAGUGAGGAUCAGUUCAAGUACUAUAUGCUACAGAAACAGCACUAA